GCGGUCCGCCUGUAAGGAGAAUAAAACAGGAUUUUAAUUUCAAGGAACUGCACUGCUUUUUGCUUCUGAAUCCAAUUUCACCCAUCCCUGGAACUAAAGACAUCUACAGGUAUGGACAACAGACUGGUCCUUGUCGUCCUGUUUGUGACGCUGUCCUGGAUAUCUGUAGGCACUUACGCUCAGACCACUGUGGCGUCAAAUGUGACCAAUUCAAACACGACCACAGCAUCAGAAAGCAACAUGACGACAGAAGCGGGAAACAACAUGACAAGUGGGCCAAAUGCGACGAUGGCAACACACAUGACAACAGCAGCCGGAGACAUGACAAGUGUGACACAUGCAACAAUGGCAACACACAUGACAACAGCAGCAGGAGACAACACUACAAGUGUGCCAAAUGCAACAAUGGCAACAUACAAGACAACAACAGCACCCACCACAACCGUAACAACAGCUCCCCCACGGACUACCACACUUGAAAUUCUUAAGACAACUGUUACUAGCGCAGGUAGUGGGACCCAACAUCUCGGUGUAGCUGACCAUUCUUCGCAAGCUCUGCUGAUCUCUGUGGGUGUGCUGGGUCUGGCCAUGCAAUGAGGAAACUGAAGACACCAUGAGUCAAGACAAGAAAACGAUACCUUUCCUAUUCAUAUGUAUCUGCUACUGAACAUUAACUGUUAAACAUCUCACAAGGGGUUUACUAUAAACAUUGAAGCCCGGAUUAUUGGGAUCAUUCUUAUUUUUAUAUCAACUUACCAAAGAUAAAAGAAGGAGUGGUGCAUGGUGGUGACGCUUCUACGGCCUUCUGCUUUCACAUCUGUCACGCACUCUGAAACAAGUAAAUUCAUUUUGAUUUAAGUGUAAGCCGAGGAAGUAAUGUAGAACUUUCUGUUAACCAUAGUAUUAUUACGUUAUCGGUCAGAAUAUACCUUUGGGAAUCAUAAUUAUUUUUGCUUUGUGUGUGUCACAACACAUUUACAUUCAUGUCUUAUGUUUCUUGUGACACUCAUAAUGGUGCCAGCAAAUGUCAGACAUGUUUUGUUAUGUUAUAAUUAUGUUUUUUUCUUUGUUGUGAGUGUUCCCACUGUGAUGAUUCAACAAGGUUUUUUUCUUUGUUGUGAGUGUUCCCACUGUGAUGAUUCAACAAGGUUUUUUUUUUCUGGGAAGUCUUCAUUAGCUGAUAUUUUCAUGUAUGCACGUGUAAAUGAGCAGCUGCUCAAAAGAAUGCUAUGU